UCACCUCCACUGUGAGGAAAGCUGUUGGAUUGUUGCUCAACUCCACAUUAGGAGUUUCUGCUCACUCUGAGUUGCUGCACAUGUCAGUUGUGAGGGGAAAUAAACCAGAGAUGGCAAGCCAGAAAGUGGAGGGCAGUGGGAAGGAAGAUAAGGUUUACCUGAGACGCAGCAUUAGUCUGGGGCCUGCUGUUUCCUUCAUUGUGGGCUGCAUGGUGGGCAGUGGGAUCUUCAUCGCACCCAAAGGGGUGCACAUGAAUACUGGCAGUGUAGGACUCUCCCUGCUCGUCUGGGUGCUCUGUGGAUUCCUCUCUACAUGUGGUGCUCUCUGCUACGCUGAGCUGGGAACCAGUUUCAAAAAGUCUGGUGCUCAUUAUAUAUAUAUACUCGAGACACUUGGGCCACUUCCUGCUUUCCUGAGGCUUUGGUCUGAGUUCAUUUUCAUCAGACCUGCAGUAUCUGCGUAUAUUGCCCUGGCUUUUGGACAUUAUGUCGUGGACCCCUUUUUUGCACCAUGCCCAGCUCCUCUACUAUUAGUCAAAUUAACCGGUUUUCUUGGAAUAACAUUUUUGGUGGCAGUGAACUGCUGGAGUAUAUCGCUGGCCUCGCGUACACAGGUCUUCCUCCUGAUCAUUAAGAUCUUUGCUCUGGUUCUGAUCAUCAUACCAGGAAUUAUAGCCCUGGCCAAAGGUCAAACCGGUAACUUCGAGAAUGCUUUUAAGUCAGAGUCACUCACACUGAAGAACCUGCCUUUAGCCUUCUACUCAGGACUUUAUGCCUUUUCUGGAUGGUUUGCUUUAAACUUUGUGACAGAGGAGGUUAUCAAUCCGAAAAGAAACAUUCCACUGGCCAUCAUUCUGUCCAUGGUCAUAGUUACUAUAUUAUACCUGCUGGUGAAUGUAGCAUAUUAUACCAUGAUGACUGUAGACGAGCUGCUGAUAUCUGAUGCCGUAGCAGUGACUUUCGCCACCAAAGCCCUGCCCAGGUUGGCCUCACUGGUGCCCUUACUGGUGGCCAUGUCCUGUCUUGGGGCAAUGAAUGGUGGCAUCUUUUCAGUUCCUAGAAUGCUACUCGUGGCAGCCAGAGAGGGACAAUGGCCAGCUCUGUUCUCCAUGAUACACAUACGCAGAAAGACACCGUUGCCUGCUAUACUGUUCCUGUCUCCUCUAACGGUGUUCAUGUUGGCAAGAGGAGAAAUUUAUCAGCUGAUCAACUUCGCUUCCUUCUCUCGCUGGUUAUUCGUUGCCAUGGUUACCCUGGGGCUCAUCAUCCAUCGCUAUCGAUUUCCCGACUAUCCAAGAGUAUUUAAGGUUCCUCUGGUUUUUCCUGUCAUCUUCACGGGGGUGUGUUUCUUCAUCGUGGGUCUGUCUCUGUAUUCAGACCCCUGGACCACAGGGUGCAGUUUGGCUGUUACUUUCACUGGGAUCCCAGUGUACUAUCUGACUGUAAAGCACUCUUAUAUACCGACCCGUUGGAGAAAAGCCUUUGAUUACUGCAUUCUGCAACUUCAGAUCCUAAUGGAAGUGAUACAGCAAGAGGUUCAGACCUACUGAAGGAGCACUAACGUUUACUACUACUUCAGCUCCGUAUUCUGCAUUAGGAUCUCUUCUAAUCAUCAACAGACCAUCCAACAACCUCGCAACCUGACUGCCAUGAUGUGUUUAGAGGAAUAAUAGAGUCACAGUAACAGAGAGAAUAUCCUGACCUUCAGCAAAGUGUCUGUGGAGUAUCUGUAUAUGAUGUAGCAGUAGAAGUUAACAAAUACUAACUGGGUAACACUAACCGAUCAGUUUUAUCAAUUUAAUUGACAUUUAGUGGACAUUUGAUCUGGACUGAGAAUCAGAAAUUUAGUGCUGUAUGAUGUGUAAUGAUUAUUAGGGAUAAAUGUUGGAGAUAAAUAGAAAAUUAACUUUCAACUUUAUUACAUUUUUCAAGGUUUCUAUAUUUCUGUAAAGCUGCUUUGAAACAUUGUUAAAAGUGCUAUACA